AUGAUACGGGUAAGCAUUAGCACGUUUCGGUACAGCUGCAUCACACGUUGUCAAGCAUAUAACUACAACGCUGCCGGGAUAGAACUCGGCACCCAAUAUUACUGUGACGACGUCGAGAAUAUUCUGAUUGCCUCGGAUCAAGUAGCGCCCGCCCUCGUCGACGACUCCAAAUGCUCGGUUGCUUGCUCCGGCCAACUUCCCCGAGGGGAUAAAAUGACGACUGACGUCUUCUGUGCCGCAGGACUAACAUUACCAGACAAGGGUGGGAGACAGCUCUCUGUUGGUGACUGGAAUGGUAAUCCAAAUGGGGGGGUCGAAGGGGAGACUUCCAAGCACAAUGUCCAGCAACCAACUCUCGAAUUCAUCCCAGCUAUAGGGGUCCCUGAUCCUUCAGCAUACAGUGGAAAUUCCAACGCAAUUGAUAUUACAAUCGAAGCGCGGAUUCUUGACGAGGUUACUGGUAAGACUACCAAAACCCUACCAAACACACCUGGGGCUGUGAACGAUGACACUGGAGGCCGUACUUAUUCUCUCGAAGGCAGCAUGUCGUUAAUGCCACAAUAUGUCCCAUAUACCGAUCCUCUCACUGUCCUGAUCUGUGGUGGAUCAACCCCAGGCGGCCAUUACGCCCUUGACAAUUGUGUUUCCAUCCAACUCAAGGCCCAAAACUCAGUAUGA